GACGCAGGCGGAAGGCAGCCCUACGACGGGUUGCUUAUCUCUUGGCACGUUAUUUGCUUGAGGGUGAUUGAUUCGGACAUUACAUGUCAGGAGGACCCAGGUCAAAGGAGGUAGUCGGCCCUUCAAGGGGGAAGGGACCAGUCCCAUAUCUUGGGGAUGGCUACAACCAUUUGGUGAGAGCAGAUUUCGUCAUACAGGCUUUUUGGAAGCCUCUCUAUGGAGACCGUUUUCUGGAGGUUUCAUAUGACUACAUUUACGGCAAGGGGCGGAUCGAGAUCUUGAUCGGUGGCACUGGCAGCAUUUCCCUCGCUCAGGAGCUAUACCUUCGGAGUGUUGCGGACAAGGAGAUGGCCAGAUGUAUGGCAUAUAUCAGCAAGAUCGAUCCUACGACAUCCUUUGACAUCAGCUACGUGGUCCCAGAGUCGAUGGCCACUCAGGUUUUCAAUGAUGAGGAGGACCAGCGUGUACCAGAUACGGGUGGCCUGCCAGUCGAAAGGCAAGGGCAAAUCGGGAAACCGAGCACCGCCAGGAGUGACUUGACGACACUCUCGACGCCUUUGAAACCCGUCACUUCGUGGGUGACCGCCCUUCGUUCCGAGGCACAUGCGGAAGUCGAUAGUCCUCUUCUUUAUUCUUUUGAGGACUAUGCUGUCCGGCUCGUUCCUACGCUGGAUACUCAUGCUCAAGGACAAGACAUGUGUGCGGCAUCUUCUCCGUCCGACAGCGGCGACUUAUCGUCUUCAAGUGGUUCUUCAUGGGAUUCGGUGCACGAGUUCAACAUAGGGGUAUUUGACCCGCUCACGUCUGGGGAUUUCACAUGGCUUCAUCUCCUGACCACGGGCCGCUUGCCGGGACCGCAAUGCGCAGCACUAUGCGCUCAUCUUCACACGUAUUUAUCCUUUUAUGCACCACCAACUUCGCCGACGGAUGACGAAGUCGCGGUGGGGGACAUCCUUGCGUAUGUUACCAAGGUGGCCCGCGAGUUUCGCAAUCAGCGGUACGACGACAACAACGCACCGCUCCUCUAUGUCCGCAUCCAAGUUGGGCAAUCGUCCUGCAGCGCUUUGCUGGAUAGCGGCGCAUCUCGUAAUGUUAUGAGCCAAGCCUUCAUGCAAAAGGCUGGCCUUGGUUUACAAGUUCAAAGGAAGGCAAACCAGACGGUGAUCAAGUUGGCAGACGGAAGGACGCAGCAACUUAUCGACCUCUACAUUGAGGCCGUGCCAGUGUAUUUCGCACCUCAUGCAUGCAAACCGGUGACGUUCGACAUUUUGGACAUGGACUUCGACAUUAUUUUGGGAAUGCCUUGGCUUGCAAGUGCGGAUCACACGGUCAACUUCCACCGGUGGACUCUUACUGUUCGCAACGCCUUCGGAGCCGAAAUUUCGUGUAUUAUUCCUCUUCCACAGCCUUCGAUUCGGUGCCAAGUGUUGACGGCCAAGUCAUUCCGGGCUACUUGUGCUUACGAGCAACCCGACGAAAUUGGCCUAUGUUUCCUAUGGACCGUCGCGGUAGCCGACUCUUCACCCACGGACUUGUAUUCGGAUCCCCGUGUGGUGCGGUUGCUUGACGAGUUCGCCGACAUCUUCGAGUCACCUACCGGUGUGGUGCUGGAUUGGCCGAUCUCUCACGAGAUCAUUCUUGAGGCUGGUGUCGUGUCGCCGAGAGGUUGCAUUUAUCCGAUGAGCGAGGAGGAGCUUACGGUUCUCCAUGUGCAACUCGAUGUUUCUUUUGGACAAGGGUUGGAUCCGCCUUAGUAGUUCUCCAGCCCCAUGAGCUUUUGUGUUGAUGGUUUGAUUCAUUGACAGACUUGACACUCAACCACAAACUUUUCAGCAGAUCCUUUCAUAUGAGGCCAAUCAAACUGUUGUAAUAGG